AAAGUGAGUGUGAGGUUAUAGUAACACAUAACAUGUCUGCUUUCUGUGGCAGUCAGCUUGUGCCCCACAGGGACUGUGGGAAGCCCCCUCCACCUGCUUUAUUUCACAUUAUUGGACCUGCUGCAUUUGCAGAACCAAGACCACCCACUUUCACUUACCUCCACUGCAUUCAUCAGCCCUAUGCAUUCAAGGAGGAAAGAGGAGGUUGGAAGGUAGCGAGCAGACGGCAGAAAGAGGAAGCAGCACCUAACAACCAGCAGCUCGGAACAGUGCUCAUCUAUUUUGCUUCAUGAUGUACUUAGAGGUACAUAACCCUCUUGGACUGUCUGUGACAGGAAGAUGACAGGAGGCUUUUUGAGUGUCCCCAUCAUGAGGCCUAACUGCUGCUGGACCUACUUGCACGUGUCCGUCUUGGUAGUGCUGCUUCUCACCGUGAAUACCGACAGUGAAGGCUCAGACUGUUUCACUGAUAUCAGAGUACGUCGCCACACAGCUUAUGAGAUCCUUGUGGGACGAGACCUCGUCAUCAACUGCACAGUUGUUUUCUGCAGCAGUCCACCACCUGCAGUAUCCUGGUUGAAAACACAUCUAAUGCAUGUCCCCGUCGAUGUCAGCAAUCAGAGUCACAUUAAAACAGAGUGGAAACUGUUAAAAGAAUUAGAAGGCGUGUCGUAUUUGAUAUUCCAAAAAAUACGCAGUAAUGACUCAGGUCUGUAUCAGUGUCGAAUUGCGAGCGAUGUGAGUCACGCUAUCAACGUCUCAGUCCAUGGUGAUGGUGGUGGUGAGGAACUUAGCAAUGUUACACGGAAGAAUAACACAAACAGCUCAGACAUCCCUGUACCUUCACCAGAAAUAUGGAUGUACGUGUACUCUGCUGCUGGGAUCGUGGCAUUUGUUUUGCUGGUGAUCAUUGUAUCCGUCAUAUUAAUGCAAGGCUGCAAAGGGAAAACACGGAAAGAGGCACAAAGUGAAAAUCUGUACGUGGCAGUCCCCAUGGUCGAGGAACUAUCCCCAAGACCGAGCCCCUCGGACCAGUCCAAUGUGUCAUCGCCACAGAGACACAACAAGUGUGCUUAUGGAGAGGUCAAACAGAACAGAGAGAGGCCGAGGUCGAGGCCGGCGGCGGAGGACGGGGGUUCUGUUGUGUAUGCUGCGCUAAACCAUCAUCUGCCACCGGGGGCAGCUCCUCGGCCACAGAGGAAUCAAGAGGAGAGUUCAGUAUACGCAGCAAUUCGCGUGCCUUAGAGACAACCAACAAACACCAGAUUGAAUGUUUUCGGCUCUGAUACAAACCUCACACUAGAAGAGCACGGACAUUUCAUAUUUUACAUUUUUUGUUAAAUCUGCUCUUUCAUCACACAAAUGCAAAUACUACAGCACAGGCCGUUUCACCUGGUGUAUCCAAGAAUUGGGACUAAUACACUUCCAGCACACUUGCACAGACGAUUACAGCUCUGCUCAAGUGUGGCAGAGUAUACUGUAUUUCGUGGUGUCACGGUUUGCCAUUUUGAAUGUUUCCAAAAAUGUACAGGAAUUAAAAGGUCCGGCGUGUAGGAAUUAGGGGUGAGACGGACAGACUGUAACGCAAUGGACAACUGCUCGGCUCAUUCCUCCCUUUCACAAGUGUGUCAGAGAUAUACUGUAUAUACAGUGUCCCUUGCAUACUAGAAAGCACAGCUUUCACACUCUUGCUGGUUUGUCCAUUCAGGCUGCUGUAGAAAAAGGGUGGCACAAGAUGCCUGCCUCCGUAAAGCAAGGCCCUUGUCUAAAGUACACAUGAAAGGCUUAUUCUAUGGCUACAAAAUGUAAAGGGUUGUUUUUAUUCUUAUGCAAUUGUAUACUUGCUUAUUGGUAGUCUCCUAAAUGUUAUAAAACUGACCUUUAAAGACACAUAGCGAAACUUUAAGUUCCGAUUUUUUUUAAUCGGCCAACCCGUGGACAAAUUAGCAAUUGCAAUAUGAAAAUGUUUUACCCAGAGUUAAAUAGAAAACAAUGGCUUUACGACCGGGAGAAGACGCCAAAUCAGGCACAGAGGGUAUACACAGGUGUAAAAAUAGGUGUGUGAAGGUGCGACUUUUUGUAAUUAAAAAAAAAAAAAAAAUUCACUCUGCCGCUAAAACCAACAAUUUCUGAGGUGAAUUUGGUUUUUCAAUUGGAUUUUUUCAUUAGAAUUAUGGCAAUAAUUUAAUCUUGUGCGAAUUAAUCCAGCUUUCUAAAGCUAAAGCACACAAAAGGCCAAACGCAACACUCAGUCCAGUCAAACUGAAUUAAUUCAACCACUUUUUGGACCCGUUUGUAAAAAAAAAAAAAAUGUGGCUUUAAAUUAAGAGUUUCAGAAACAAGUGUUUAAAAAGCCUUUUGUUUACAUCGUAUCCAGAGGUCCUGUCCACAUUAAAAGGAGUUUUCGUAUAUGUGGACGACACGUGUCUCCAAAGUAGAAUAUAUGUGUGGUUUUUUUUCAAUGAAAACAUAAUUGUAUGAAUGUAGCCUCGGCCCAGUGCUACUAACAUACCUGUGCGUGUACAUGUAAAACAGCUUUUCACAUUCUGUAUCAUAUCAACUAAUAUACCGUACUAUACAUGUCAGACCACAUGAAUGAUUCAUCAGCUUUAUAUGUUUGUUUGUUUGUUUGAUUUUUACAAUUACUGGUUGUGUGUAUUAAACUUUGAAAAUAGAGAAUGUAAAAAUAAUGAUCUAAACUGGGUGUGCAGUCAGAUAAAAUCACAUGACCAUGAUUGCUUGAUUUAAAGUGAGAUCAUGCUGCAUGGCGACAUAACUUUGCUGUACUUUGUUUUCUCUAAAACAUUUUAAUGUGCCAUGGAAGCAAAACUUGAAUUUGAAAAUCAGAUUUUAAUAAAGGUGCGUGUGUUCCA